CCAGCUUCGCGUCAGUAUUCGUUGGUAGUGAUUAGUUAUUAUCAGCAAUGGCUUAGAAGAAAAUAUUAAAAAAUGAUAACAUAGACUUAUAAUCAAUAAUCGACAUUUCGGCGAGGGAAGCUACUCUUGCAACUGGAGUUGUCGUUCAUACCCAAUCCAAUACGAGACUAGCAUCAAAAUGGCAGAUCUUCAGAGGCGCUUACAGAAUGAGGUCGAAAAAUUCCAAGCCAUCCAGAAGGAUCUGCAGAAGGCAAUAUCAGCCAGACAGCAGCUUGAUGCACAGCUGAAUGAAAAUACAUUGGUUAAGGAGGAAAUGGACAGGGUAGAUGAAAGUUCUACAGUCUACAAGCUUGUUGGGCCAGUUCUUGUUAAGCAAGACCUGUCAGAGGCAAGAAACAAUGUACAGAAAAGGAUAGAUUACAUCAAUGGAGAAUUGAAACGCUAUGAUGGCAUCUUAAAAGACAUGGAGAAGAAACAAGAAUCUCACAGAGAUACUUUGACCAAACUCCAACACCAGUUUCAACAGGCCCAGGUCAAGGCUGCGGCUAAAGCAUAAACUGCCACUUGCAAAGCCUACUAAUGUUGCUGCUGGCUUGAACAUUUAGUUUGUGAAAACAUGAAACCUGUGAAAGUCUCCCGCUAUAUUUUGGAUGCUGCUGCUGUUGCGUGAAUAAUUGCAGUGAUUGAAAGCAAGAAUUUGAUGUAAACUCUUGAGGCUGUUUUGUUAUUGAAAGAGUGCAAAAGCUUAUAGAUCAUUUUCUCAUCAGGUCUGACUUUUUUUUUUUUUUUUUUUUUUUUUUUUUUUGGCAAUAAGUAGUAAGGUUUGUAAUUUGCUUACGAUUUUUUUGCAGGGAUAAAAAGCUCUUCCUUUCCCAAAUCCAAGUUAAAAAGUAUAUUCCAUAUUUUAACAUUUACUUCUCGUGGUUAGCUCCUUUCACCUCAUUUCCACCAUUGAAUAUCUGAAUAAAUUUUUCAGGUAAUGGGGCACGUGUGA